UCUAUAAAUUCGUUACACUCUCCUGAUUCUAAUUCUCUUGAGCUUUUUGCCGUACUCUCUCGCCCCUCUCUAGCCCAGAACAAUUUUCAGGAGCUCCGAGAGUAAAUUCGGCAAUCAUGUUGGUUUACCAAGACCUCCUCACUGGUGACGAGCUUCUCUCGGAUUCGUUCCCAUACAAGGAACUCGAGAAUGGAAUGAUCUGGGAAGUUGAGGGAAAGUGGGUCGUUCAAGGAGCGGUCGAUGUGGACAUUGGUGCAAAUCCUUCUGCUGAAGGUGACGGUGAGGAUGAAGGGGUUGAUGACCAAGCUGUGAAGGUGGUUGACAUUGUCGACACCUUCAGGCUUCAGGAGCAACCUACCAUGGACAAGAAGCAGUUCAUUGCAUACAUUAAGAAGUUUAUCAAAUUGCUGACACCUAAGCUGGAAGGAGAGAAACAGGAGGCAUUUAAGAAGAACAUUGAAGGAGCAACUAAGUUUCUGCUUCCAAAGCUCAAGGACUUCCAGUUCUUCGUGGGAGAGAGCAUGCAUGACGAUUCCUGCAUCGUGUUUGCAUACUACAGGGAAGGAGCCACUGACCCAACAUUUUUAUACCUUGCCCCAGCUUUGAAGGAAGUCAAGUGCUGAAAGAACAGAACAAAAGAUUGAAGCAGAAUGAUUCAUGUUGCACUCAUUGUUUCAACUAUAUUUGCCUUUUUCUCUUGACGUUUGAAUUUGGAUAAUUUGGAAGAUUUGGGCUGUUUUUGUUUUGGUUUGUUCUCUGGGGUUUCCUUGUUUUGACCUAAUUUACUUGGGAGUUUAUGUUCUGAUGAGUGCAAAUGUUAAACUCUAUUUAUAAACCUUAGUCAAUCUCUACUUUUAUAAUAUUCUGCUUUAGUUA